AAACUGAGCUGUUUAUUUGUUUAAAGAUCAGAGAAACCGAUACACGCCGAAGUCUGCACUCAGUUUUGUUUACUAAGAAAGGAAAAGGAAAGUGUUCAAUGUAAAAUAUCAUCAGAAAGUGUGUAAUUUCUCAUCCUACCUGACAUUUCUUAAGCUUGACAAGGAUGUACCCAACCUCUUGUGACACAUUCGUAGCUUUGCCUCCAUCAACAGAGGGUCAGUAUAUAGUCUUUGGAAAGAACUCGGACCGACCCUGCGAUGAGGUCCAAGAAGUUGUUUACUUCCCCUCUAAGGACCACGCAAAUGAAGAAAAAGUUGAGUGUACAUAUAUAGAGAUCGAUCAGGUAAAUCACACAUACGCAGUGGUGCUGAGCAGACCCGCCUGGCUUUGGGGGGCUGAGAUGGGGGCAAAUGAGCAUCAGGUGUGCAUCGGGAACGAAGCGGUCUGGGGGAAGGAGAGUGCAGACGGGGAUGAAGCUCUGCUAGGCAUGGAUCUUGUCAGACUUGGACUGGAGAGGGCCGACACAGCCGAAAAGGCUGUAGAUGUUAUAACGGAGCUGCUGGACAAAUAUGGUCAGGGAGGGAACUGCAUGGAAGAUGAGUGCGGGUUCACGUACCACAACAGCUUCCUCAUAUCAGAUCGUACCGAGGCCUGGGUGCUGGAGACUGCUGGGAAAUACUGGGCAGCAGAGAGAGUAAAGGAUGGCUAUCGCAACAUCUCCAAUGAGUACUCCAUCACCACUAAGAUCGAUAAGGAGCAUCCAAAGUUGAAGGACUACGCACGAGAGAAGAAGUGGUGGGAUGGAAAGGCUCAGUUUAACUUUACUAAGGUUUACUCCUUUCAAAAUACAGCUCGAAUCGAGGCUGCAGGUGGGCGACACUGCGAGGGCCGCAAACUUUUGGAGAAGAGCAAUGGACACAUCACAGCCGAGACAAUGAUGGAUAUAUUGAGAGAUAAGGAGAGUGGAAUCAACAUGGAGGGUAUGUUCAUGACCACCGGCAGUAUGGUGUCAGUGGUCCCUAAAGACCCCGAUCUCCCCGGCGUUCACUUCUUCACCGCUACUCCAGACCCAGACAGGUCGGUCUUUAAGCCUUUUAUAUUCGUGCCAGACAUUAAGCAGUUAAAGGAUACGUGUUCUCCGGGUUUUGGGGAUGAGGAUCCUGUAAAGAAGAAACCUCGUUUUCAGAGCAAACCCACCCGCAAACACCCUCUGUUCCUGAAACACGAGGUCAUCGCAGCCAUCAUCGACAGCACCAGGGAGCGAGGACAGAAAAUCGUUCAGAAAAUGCGAGAUCUGGAGAAGCAGAAGUUGGCGGAGAUACAGAAAUAUCUGACUGUGGGGAUUGAGGACAAAACCCUGCUGGUUCAUCUCUUCCCAGACACCGUAACAGAGGAGUUUAACAUUUACAGUAAAGCCUGAGUAUAUCCGUCACUUUAUAAAUGUUCAUUAAAGGAUUAUUAUUGUUUGUCAAUGCAAGUGAGAGCUGUAAUUACAUGACAUCAGGGGCAUUUCAUGUGCGUAUGUUUGAAAAUAAUGUUAAAAGCUCAUGUUUAACCAUGUAAUA